UUCGGCGAGGUACGGGUCCGUAUGGAUCUCCAGAAGGUCCCAGCAGCAGGGCCCCCAUUCCCUGAGGCUCCAGCUGAGGAUGGCAGAGAGGAGAGCAAGGGGGACCUGCCCAUUAAACCCUCCCUGCUGAGAGUCCUGAGCCAGCUCUUCUCGGUUCACGUGGAGUCCAUCAACAUCAUGGUUCUGCAUGAGGCCACCUCCGAGUCUCUGUGGCACAUCCAGGUGACCAGGAUGCGCCUGCUAUUGGACAACGACGGGAAGCGCCUGGACUGUGAGGUGACCCUGUCCCAGGUGAACAGCAAAGUGCUGAAGAGCAGCCAGCUGGAUGACAUGUGCCUGGCAGAGCUGGCCCUGGCUCUCACCUUUUCCAUGGAGGUCAAUGUGAGCAAACGGCAGCUGGUGGGCAUCAGCCUGGGCGUGUGGACCCUGCACGCAGAGCUGCAUGAGGGGCUGUUCUGCAGUGAGCUGCUGCGCCGGGCAGCCAAUGGAGUGAGACACAGCGGUGCAGGGGACCAGCCAGGCUGCCUGGCCCCAGGCCCUGGGGAGGCCCCGAAGUCUCUGCCUCUGCUGAGCUUGUGCACUCUGCAGCUCAUCCCCAGCAAGGUGAAGGUGGAGCUGGAGAACACCAACGUGGUGCUGUCUGUGAACAGCCAGCAGAGGCACCUCACAUGGACCCUGAAGCUGCUGCAGUUCCUGUAACAGCGAGACGAGGAGCAGAUCCCUCUGCGGAGCUUCACGCCCACUUCCGACCUGGGCCAGAUGAGCACAGAGCUGCUGCUGGAAGAUGGCCUGCUGCUGUCCCAGAGUCGCCAGCGCAUCGUGUGCCUCAACUCCCUGAAAGUCAGUGUGCAGGUCACGGCCAUAGACCUGUCAGCUGCUGUGCUGCUCAAUACCUGCAUUGUCCACUAUCGCCACCAGGAAUUCUCUCACUGGCUCACCCUGCUGGCCCAGGAGUGCCGGGCUACUAACGUGCCGGCCCCCGUCCAGAGCCGCAGGGGAAGGAGCUGCCCCCAGAUCUUGGCUCCCGUCAUCCUCUGUGCCUCCCUGUCGAACGUCAGCAUCUCUGUGCAGCUGGGGGACACGCCGCCCUUCGCACUGGGCUUCAACACCAUCUCUGCAGACUACCAGCACCUGCGCCCCCAGAGCGUGCACCAGCGGGGGGUGCUGGCCAUCGACCACCUGUGCUGGCGUGUGGGAAACAACUCGCACAUCCAGAGGGCCCCGCACCCGCCCAGCAUGCAUGUGUGGGGAGAGGCCCUCAUCCUUGACUCCUUCAAUUUGCAGGGUAGCUACAACCAGCCCCUGGGCAUGUCCAGUGCCCAGGCGGACACGCUCUUCCUGGACUGCACCAUCCAGGGGCUGCAGGUGGAGUCAUCGGACACCUGCACCAAGUGCCUCUCCAGGGUCCUGUCCCUGCUGCACCCAGGGGCCAGCCAGGCAGAGCUUCCAGUGAAGCCAGCCCCCUCCGUGGAGGAGUCCGCAGGCCUGCUCUGGAAGGUGGACUUGAAGGUGGAGGAUGUGAACCUGUUCACACUGUCCAGCCUGGUGGGUGCCUUGGAGGUGAGGCUUGACACACUGACUGCCCUGGGCAGUGCCGAGAGCUGCACGGUUAGCGUCCAGGGCAUGGCACUGGCCUUGGUGAAGAGCAUUUCCGAGAAGAUGCAGCCCUGCUGCAAAGCCCCAGCCAUCCAUUGCCCCAUCCUCAGACUCUCCAUGCUCUCCUUCACCUACCACAGUAGCAUCCACUCCCUGGAGGUCCAGUGUGGCGAGGGCCUGACCCUGUUCUGGAGCCCACCUGAUCACAUGUAUCUGUAUGAGCACGUCCUAGCCACGCUCCAAUGCCGUGAAAUGCUGCACAGCACUCUGGGCCAAUGGAGUGCUCCCUCCCUCCCCCCGGAGCGCCAGGCCACUGAGCCAGGGAGCCCCAGCAAGCCCCCCAGCCCAACCCAGGGUCCCCCAAAGAGAGUCCUCAACCUGACGCUGGAGGUGAGCUCCGCCAAGGUCACGGCCUUCGUCUCUGAGGCCAGCUACAUCAGCCUGGUGGCGGAGCGGGUCUCGGUGAGCCGGCACGGCAGUGCGCUCCACGCCUACUGCCCUGACCUGGCCGCUGGCUUCGACAAGCACAGCAUCUUCAGCUUCAAGGAGGUGGAGAUGCAGCUCCUGCCGGAGCUAGAGGAGAUGAUCCUGCAUCGCAGCCCCUUCCCCACCCUGCGCACCCUGCGCAACCGGGUCUGGGCCUUCUCCUUUGCCAGCAUCGUCAUCGAGCUCCCCUACCAGUAUGACUUCUCCCGCACGCUGGACGAGGCCAUGGGCGUGCAGAAGUGGCUGAAGAGCCUGCACCAGCGGGGCUGCCCCCCCAGCCCAGCCCUGCCCCCGGACCUCCUGCUCAAGGUGCAGCACUUCUCUUGGGUCUUCCUGGACGACAUCUUCGAGGUGAAGCUGCGGGACAACUAUGAGCUGAUGAAGGACGAGAGCAAGGAGAGCGCCAAGCGGCUGCAGCUGCUGGAUGCCAAGGUGGCGGCUCUGCGCAAGCAGCAUGGCGAGCUGCUGCCCGCUCGCAAGAUUGAGGAGCUCUACGCCUCGCUGGAGAGGAAGAACAUUGAGAUCUACAUCCAGCGCUCCCGGCGCCUAUAUGCCAACAUGCCUAUGCGGAAGGCCCUGCUCACUUGGACCCUCUCCAACCUGGAGCUGGUGGCCCUGGCCGACGAGUCCUUCCAUGGUGUGGAGCGUGUGCUGGAGCAGAUGAGGGACCUGGACAGCGUCAGCCUCUUCCCACCCGAGGGGCUGGAGCUGGUCACCCAGUGGUGCCGCAUGCUGAAAGGCAGCGUCAAGACCUUCUUUGUGCGGAUCCGGGACUACCCACGCUACCUGUUUGAGAUCCGGGACUGGCAGCUCUCCGGUCAGCUGCUCGGGACGGAGCAGAGCGGCCAGGCCUGCUCUCGCCGCUGCCAGGUGCUCAAGCUGGGAGCGCCAUGGGGGGAUGCUGCUGUGGAGAGAAACAUGCCUCCACUGAAGUUUUACCAUGACUUCCACUCGGAGAUUUUGCAGUACACCAUCGUUUGGGGGCCAUGCUGGGACCCGGCCUGGACCCUGAUUGGCCAGUCUGUGGAUCUCCUCACCAAGGCCUCAGAGGAUCCCAGCCCCUCCCUGCCCUGGUGGGAUAAAAGCCGCCUGCUCUUCCAUGGGGUUUGGCACCUGGACAUCGAGCAGGCCAACCUGCACCAGCUGGCCACCGAGGAUCCGUACAACACCACCGAGAACAUGCACUGGGAGUGGAGCCACCUGGCCUUCCUCUGGAGACCUGGCCAGUUCGUCUUCAAGGGAGACUUGGACAUCAAUGUCCGCACAGCCUCCAAGUACGAUGACUGCUGCUUCCUCCACCUGCCUGAGCUCUGCAUGACCCUGGACUUGCAAUGGCUUUGCCAUGGGAACCCCCAUGACCAUCACAGCGUGGUGCUGCGCUCCCCAGAGUUCGUGCCCGAGGUGCCCGUGGGGCAGUACCAUGACUCGUACCGGGCCUUCCGCUCUGAGAACCUCAACCUCUCCAUCCGGAUGGACCUGACCCGGCCGGGCGGGGAGCUGUCCCAGCCCCGGAUCCUGCUCUACAGCAGCACCCUGGCGCCUGGAUGCGAACUUCUGGUACCUGGAGCCAGCGUGACGCGCCUCCCUCGCCGGGAAAGCUCUUCAGCACAUGAAGCCGGCUCUCCUACAGGCGCUCUUCCCCAGCUGCAGGUGCAUUACUGGGCCUCCUUUGCACAGCAGCGGGGGAUCCAGUUGGAGUGCGGCCAGGGGCACAUAUUCACACGAGGGACUCAGCGGCUCAUCCCCCAAGCUGGCACGGUGAUGCGGCGCCUCAUCUCGGAGUGGAGCAUCACGCAGAUGGUGAGCGACCUGAGCUUCGUCACCGUGCACCUGAUGGCGUCGACCUGCGACGAGAGCGCUGACCACCAGCUCGGCUCACUGGUGAAGAAAACUCACCUGCUGAGCCUGUCCUCCCUCACCUACCAGCGGCACAGCAGCCGCACAGCCGAAGAGGAGCUGACCAUGCGGGAUGGGGCCGACGCCUUCCACACACACCAGCUGCAGCUGGUGGACCUGCGGGCGUCCUGGACCACCACCAACCGGGACAUCGCCUUUGGGCUCUACGACGGCUACAAGAAGGCAGCCGUGCUCAAGCGGAACCUGUCCACCGAGGCCCUGAAGGGGUUAAAGAUCGACACCCAGCUACAAGCCAAGAAGCUGAAACGGCGCCCACUGUCUGCUGCCCUUCCCCCACAGAGGGUGACUGGCACCACCAGCGAGCGGGGUUCCUCGGGGGGGGCCUACAUGCUGCAGAAGCUCAUUGAGGAGACCGAUAAAUUUGUGGUCUUCACGGAGGAGGAGUCGGGGGCCAGCGAGCAGCUGUGUGGGAUUGCCGCCUGCCAGACUGACGACAUCUUCACUCGCAACUGCCUCGUUGAGCUGGUCAACUGCCAGAUGGUGCUGCGUGGUGCAGAGACAGAGGGCUGUGUGAUUGUAUCUGCUGCCAAGGCCCAGCUCCUGCAGUGCCUGCACCACCCCGCCUGGUACGGAGACACCCUGAAGCAGAAGACCUCGUGGACCUGCCUGCUGGAUGGCAUGCAGUACUUCGCCACUACUGAGAGCAGCCCUGCCGAGAGGGAGGACGGCCAGCUGUGGCUGGAGGUGAAGAACAUCGAGGAGCAUCGGCAGAGGAGCCUGGAUUCGGUGCAGGAGCUGAUGGAGAGUGGGCAGGCCGUGGGCGGCAUGGUCAGCACCAUAACAGACUGGAAUCACCCCUCGGAAGCCCAGCAGACCCAGCAGGUGCAGAGAAUCAUCUCGCGGUGCAGCUGUCGCAUGUACUACAUCAGCUACAGCCAUGACAUUGACCCAGAGCUGGCCACGCAGAUCAAGCCCCCCGACGCCCCAGCCGACCAGGAGAAGGAGGACCUGCUGAAGAAACAGGAGGGAGCCGUCGACACUUUCACGCUGAUCCACCAUGACCUGGAGAUCUCGACCAACCCGGCGCAAUAUGCCAUGAUCCUGGACAUCGUCAACAACCUGCUGCUGCACGUGGAGCCGAAACGCAAGGAGCACAGUGAGAAGAAGCAGCGAGUGCGGUUCCAGCUGGAGAUCUCCAGCAACCCUGAGGAGCAGCGCAGCAGCAUCCUGCACCUGCAGGAGGCCGUGAGGCAGCACGUAGCCCAGAUCCGCCAGCUGGAGAAGCAGAUGUACUCCAUCAUGAAGUCCCUGCAGGAUGACAGUAAGAACGAGAACCUGCUCGAGCUGAACCAGAAGCUGCAGUUGCAGCUGAGCCAGGAGAAGGCCAGCCUGCAGCUGGAGAGUGAGGAGUUGAACAUUCUCAUCAGGUGUUUUAAAGAUUUCCAGCUGCAGCGGGCAAACAAGAUGGAGCUGCGCAAACAGCUGGAGGACAUCAGUGUGGCCCGGCGGACCGAGUUCUACUUUGCUCAGGCGCGCUGGCGCCUCACGGAGGAAGACGGGCAGCUGGGCAUUGCGGAGCUGGAGCUGCAGCGCUUCCUGUACAGCAAGGUGAACAAGUCGGAUGACACUGCAGAGCAUCUCCUGGAGCUGGGCUGGGUCACCAUGAACAACCUCCUGCCCAACGCUGUGUACAAGGCAAGUGCCAGGCAGCAGGAGGCUGCAGGCCUCAGAGCUCCAUGCACAGCGGGCCGGCAGCUGGCUCUGCGCAUAUUCAGCAGGAGCGUAAUACCGUCGCAGUGGGAGGCAUCUCUAAUCAAGGAGCAUUUUGCAGUGAACGUGGUGCCCCUGACCAUCCAGCUCAACGCACCAGUCUUCCACAGGAUGAUGAGUGCUUCUUCUUCCAACAUGCCGCCAAGCAAGUGGAGGAGCGAGAAGGAUGGGGAUGAGGAGGACAAAUCCAAGCCCUGGAUGCUCCCUUCUCUCUCAGGGAUGCCUGUGGUGAAGCCGAGGCAGCUGAUAGUGGCUGAAGAUUCACUGGGCCCAGGGAAAGGAGUUGCUCAGGGACUGAACCGGACGUCAGGGGUCAGGAGGUCAUUCCGGAAAGCCCCCGAGCACCCCGUGGACGACAUUGACAAGAUGAAGGAGCGUGCGGCGAUGAACAACUCCUUCAUCUACAUCAAGAUUCCGCAGGUGCCGCUCUGCGUCAGCUACAAGGGUGAGAAAAACAGUGUGGACUGGGGUGACCUGAAUCUGGUGCUGCCGUGCCUGGAGUAUCACAACAACACGUGGACAUGGCUGGACUUUGCUAUGGCAGUGAAGCGGGACAGCCGCAAGGCAUUGGUAGCACAGGUGAUCAAAGAGAAGCUGCGCCUGAAGCCAGCUGCUGGGGCUGAGGCCCGAGGGAAGCUGGAGAACAAAGCGGAUGGGACCAUCCAGCAGCAGGAGGAAGACGAGAAGGCGCGGCUACUCAUCGGCCUAAGUGUGGGCGAGAAGAACCCCAGCAAGAAGUCCAUCUUUGGCAGGCGCAAAUGAGGGCAGCACCCGGCUGGCCGGGAAGGGACUCAGGCAGCUCCUGCCACCUCUUGUACACACGGCUCCUUUGCAGGCCUGAGCUGGCACAAACAGCCAGUGACUUUGUCUAGCUGGGGGGCCCUUGGUGGCUCAGCCCAGCCAUGGCACAAGAACUCGACGGACUGAUGGUACAGGCAGAGUCCCUAUCCAGGCAGGGAGGAGCAUGGUGGUAGGGGGGCGCCACACAGUGUGAAGUGGUUCCCCACAGCAGGAGCUGGGGAGGCCGUGUCACCCAGGGCCUGGGCUGCUUCCAUUUGCACAGAGCCUGGGGGGUGAGGGGCACUCGAGUUGUUAUUACUGGUGUGUCAUGCGCUGGCGUCACUGGGCCAGUGGCACUGUUCGCACUGCAGCGCGGCUGCUCCAGUCCGGUUACUGUUGGGAAGUGGGCACUGAGGAGAAUUUAAAUAAGAGUUUUUAAUUUGGA